AUGUCCCAAAUGCAGUUCUGGCUAAAGUUCCCAUCUCUCCACAAGGAUUCUUCAUACCUCGAUGAGCUCUCCAACAACAACUCCCUCUUCUCGUCCCCUGCGGAUUCCCUCUCUGACAUUGCGGAUCCGAAGGACUUCUUGCCUGCCGAUAGCCUGAACCACGUGCCAACACUAUGGGAUGUAAACACGCCGCAGCAGAACCAAAUAGAGCUGUUCUCACCCGGGCGAUCCUUCCCUGGCUUAAACAGUUCCAAUGACCAUGCUCCUGCUGUCCCCAACACCCCGCUCCUCAUAAGCUACCAGGUGAGAACGUCUCAGGCUCCUGCCGAUGAGGAGGAUGAAGGUGAGGAGGAAGAAACAGAAGAGCUGGGGCAAACGGAGACCUAUGCAGAAUACAUCCCUUCAAAGUCCAAGAUUGGGAAGCACCACCCUGACCUCGUGGUUGAAACGAGCACUCUGUCCAGCGUCCCCCCACCCGACAUCACCUACAGCCUUUCCCUGCCGUGCUCCGUUGCCGACAAAGGGUCACUCUCUGCACUACAGCUGGAAGCAAUCGUUUAUGCCUGCCAGCAACAUGAAGUUUUAUUACCCAAUGGGCAGCGAGCUGGGUUCCUCAUUGGGGACGGUGCUGGAGUCGGAAAGGGCCGGACAGUUGCGGGCAUCAUCUUUGAAAAUUAUCUUAAAGGGAGGAAAAAAGCUCUGUGGUUCAGCGUCUCCAAUGAUCUCAAAUACGAUGCCGAGAGAGACCUGAAGGACAUCGAAGCCUCCCACAUUCCCGUGCAUGCUUUGAAUAAGAUUAAAUACGGUGACACAGCUACCUCAGAAGGAGUCCUCUUUGCCACUUACUCGGCGCUGAUUGGUGAGAGCCAGGCGGGUGGACAGCACAGGACACGCUUAAAACAGAUUUUGGACUGGUGCAGGGAAAACUUUGAUGGAGUCAUUGUGUUUGAUGAAUGCCACAAAGCCAAAAACGCCAGCUCUACUAAAAUGGGCAAAGCAGUGCUGGACCUUCAGAACAAGCUGCCUCGAGCAAGGGUUGUCUAUGCCAGUGCCACGGGUGCCUCUGAGCCAAAAAACAUGAUUUACAUGAGCCGCCUGGGCAUCUGGGGGGAGGGCACCCCUUUCAGAGCGUUCGAUGAGUUCCUGCAUGCGAUUGAGAAGAGGGGCGUUGGUGCAAUGGAGAUCGUGGCAAUGGAUAUGAAGGUCAGUGGGAUGUACAUUGCCAGGCAGCUCAGUUUCACGGGAGUGACCUUCAGAAUCGAGGAGAUCCCGCUGGAUCAGCAGUACAAGAUUGUCUACGACAAGGCAGCGAAGCUGUGGGCAGAGGCCUUGAUGGUGUUCCAGCAGGCAGCCGACUGGAUCGGCUUGGAGUCUCGGAAAUCCUUGUGGGGCCAGUUCUGGUCAGCUCACCAGCGCUUCUUCAAGUAUCUCUGCAUUGCUGCUAAAGUCCGGCGACUCGUUGAGCUUGCCAAGGAAGAGCUGGCGAAGGAUAAGUGUAUCGUCAUCGGCCUGCAGUCCACCGGCGAGGCUCGCACCAGAGAGGUCCUGGACGAGAACGACGGGCAUCUAAAUUGUUUUGUCUCUGCUGCAGAAGGCGUCUUUCUAUCACUAAUUCAGAAGCACUUUCCUUCAACCAAAAGAAAGAGAGAAAAAGGAACUGGCAUUAAAAGAAAACGGAAGCCGAGGGGCCGCUGCGCCAAGGCUCUGAAGGGCGUGUGUGACCCCGCGGGCGUGAUCAAGAUCAGCGACGACAGCAGCACCGACUCCGACCUCGGGCUGGACAGUGACUUCAACUCCUCCCCGGAGUCCGUGUUUGAGACGGAUGACGUCAUCUUCGUGGAGCACACCUACAACGGCUUCGCGGCCGAGGACAGGAGUAACUUUCACAUGCUGCCGUCCCAGAAAGAGAUGCAUGGCCUGAGAGAACUAGAACACGUGGAAAAGUUGAAGCAGGACCUCCUAGCAAAAGUUAAAGCACUGGGCAAAGAGCUACCUCUCAAUACCUUGGAUGAACUGAUCAAUCACUUUGGGGGCCCGGAGCACGUGGCUGAGAUGACAGGGCGGAAGGGCCGGGUCGUUUGCAGGCCGGAUGGCUCCGUCAUGUUCGAGUCUCGGGCAGAGCAGGGCCUCUCUAUAGACCACGUCAACCUGAAGGAGAAGGAGCGUUUUAUGAAAGGGGAAAAGCUCGUAGCAAUAAUCUCCGAGGCCUCCAGCUCAGGAAUCUCUCUCCAAGCAGACAGACGGGUCAAGAACCAGAAGCGCCGCGUCCACAUGACGCUGGAGCUGCCCUGGAGCGCAGACCGGGCCAUACAGCAGUUCGGUCGAACACACCGAUCGAACCAGGUUUCUGCUCCAGAGUAUGUCUUCCUUAUCUCUGAGCUGGCGGGGGAGAGGAGGUUUGCAUCCAUCGUGGCAAAACGGCUGGAGAGCCUGGGUGCCUUAACUCACGGAGACCGCCGGGCCACUGAAUCCCGAGACCUCAGCAAGUACAACUUUGAGAACAAG